AUGCCAAGGACAGCACCCAAACAUGCAUAUAAAAUUGUAAAACCGAUAAAAAAGGGAUUUGAGAUUACAGACCCCAGCGGUAAAGGAUGGAUUGUUGGAGAAGCCAUAGGACAAGGAGGCUUUGGCUGUAUCUAUUCGGCAUCUUCAAAAGAUGACCCAAAGUCUAAGAAGUAUGUUUUAAAAAUUGAACCUCAAGAAAAUGGUCCGCUUUUCACUGAAUCCCACUUUUAUACCCGAUUUUGCAAACAGAAGUUAUUGGAUGAUUGGAAAGCGCAGCAUAGACUUGCUUUUCUUGGUAUUCCUCGAUUCAUUUCAAAAGGCCUGUUCGAAACUCAAGAUGGUCUUUCAUGUCGAUUUCUUGUUAUGGACCGUUUCCGUAGCUCCUUCGAAGAUUGUCUUAAUGACAAGGAAUUUGUCCCCUCUGAUAUACCUUCAAUUGCCAUUCAAGCUAUUGAUGCCCUAGAGUACAUUCAUUCAAAGGACUAUGUUCAUGCUGAUAUUAAAGCGUCAAACUUACUUCGAAUGGAUGAUAAUAAGUUUUACUUGGCGGACUUCGGUCUCAUAACCCUCUACCGGAUAGACGGUAAGCACAAACCCGAGAAGGCAAAUCCAAAACUUCGCGACAACGGUACUCUCGAAUUUUGUUCUCGUGAUGCGCAUGCUGGAUUACCGCCCUCACGUCGGGGUGAUAUGGAAAUCCUACUCUUCAACCUCAUCCAUUGGCUCUAUCGGGCUCAACCAAAUGCCGAUCAAGGACCAUGCGCUGGUCUACCGUGGAAUUCACUUAUAGGCGACCCCAAAGUUCGAGCGAACGUACCGAAACCAAUUCGAGAUCGUUUAGCUGACGCAAAAAUUGAGGCGAUGGAUCCUUCCAAAGCUUCCAUCCUUGUGAAUGCUGUCGGUCUCGGCCAACUUUCUGCUCUCGAGUCUCUCGUUCUUGCCAUCGGUGCAUUGGGUUAUGAGAGCACACCAGACUACGCCAAUUACAAGCGUCUCUUAAAGUCACUUCAAAAGAACCUAGCCACAAUUCCCUCGUUGGCAUCAAAACGUUCAAGCAUUCUUACUGAAGUUAACAAUGGAGACACUCGCAGUCCUAGAGGCUGUAGGGCUGCAGCUAAAACAACAAACGAUUCAGGAAGGAAAACUUGCAACAGAGGAACACCUAAAUCGGCUGUUGCAGAAAAGAAAUCAAGAACGCAGACUGAUGAUGGAAAUUGGUACCUUGAAGCUUUGUUAAGUGUUUCUCCUAACUCCCAAUCUGGUCGUAAAGACAUUCAAACUCCAUCGACCCAGACCACUGGCCCUUCAAUUCGUCGAUCAGAGCGUAAUAGACGUCUUCUGUUUAACUUCGUAUUUGAUUCCUCUAGUGCGGAAGAAGACAGCGACAGUGAACCGGAAUACAUUCCACCAAUUAAGCCUUCUCCUUCAAAGAAAAAGAAGGUGGCAACCAACCGAAAUGAUUCCAAUGCAGGAGAACAGAAAAUUCGGAAACAAACUACUUCUGCACGAGCGACCGCGACUCAAACAUCUCCCAAUCUGCUGAAACAGUUGGAAAGAGAAGAACGAAGAAGGAAAUUCUUUUGA